AUAAAUAAGAUUAAUUAUGACUGAUGUGAAAAUUAAAGUAACAUUCGUUAUUCCUAAACACUGCAGCAACGAAAAUGAUUGUUCCGAAGACAUGCUUAUGGCCUAUACGGCAUGUGAAAAUCACCGUGGAGGAGGGCUCCAAGCACAGUGGGCGCAUGAGAAGUCGCUCUCAUUUGACCGACCACCCAUGAAGAAUGACAUUUUCGUGUUAUCAGAGUUUGAGGGAGAUCUGUAUGAGAAGUUGAAGGCUACGAAGUGUUUAUUGGUUGGUCCCCGAUGCUUGUCCUGCUCUCUCACCGAGGGCAGCCCCAUCCCAUCCAAAGGGCAUCCCGUGUACACAGUGGCCAUGCGGGGUUUGAUUGUUACCCUCAGUGGACUUUCUAAGGAAGCAAAGACUAAUCUAAAGCAGAAGAUAGAAUGGAUGGGCGGCUCCUACAGCGCGGUCUUGUCCUCAGAGACCACGCAUUUGGUCGCCACGAACGUGUUCUCCGACAAAUACAUAAAAGCAGCUGAACGCGGGAUCCCAGUAAUGAAAGACACCUGGAUCCCCGCAGUGUGGGACGCUUCGCUCAAACUUGACAUCAACGGUGCCUCGCCAGAGUUCACCGCACACCGCUUGCCUCCAUUCGCCAACUUGCAGAUCACAACAUCGGGGUUGAAUACUCAUGAUAAGAAGCUGAUAAUGAAACUGGUUAAUGCGAAUGGUGGAGAGUUUUCAAGAGUGUUUCUGAGUCAGACAACUGAUGUUUUGGUGUUGACCAAGGACUCCACAUCGAGCGAAAAAUACAAAGCGGCCCUAGAGUUCGGUAAAGUGUGCGUCACCCCGCACUGGGUAAAGGACUCGGCGGCCCUGGGCUUCGCUCUGCCUGUGUCGCGGUACAAGGUCACCUCCACUACAACUUCGUCGCCGGUACGAGACCGAGCCGUGCCUGACAUGAAGUUCGGCAAAGUGUGCGUCACCCCGCACUGGGUAAAGGACUCGGCGGCCCUGGGCUUCGCUCUGCCUGUGUCGCGGUACAAGGUCACCUCCACUACAACUUCGUCGCCGGUACGAGACCGAGCUGUGCCCGACAUGAAGUUCGGCAAAGUGUGCGUCACCCCGCACUGGGUAAAGGACUCGGCGGCCCUGGGCUUCGCUCUGCCUGUGUCGCGGUACAAGGUCACCUCCACUACAACUUCGUCGCCGGUACGAGACCGAGCUGUGCCCGACAUGAAGUUCGGCAAAGUGUGCGUCACCCCGCACUGGGUAAAGGACUCGGCGGCCCUGGGCUUCGCUCUGCCUGUGUCGCGGUACAAGGUCACCUCCACUACAACUUCGUCGCCGGUACGAGACCGAGCCGUGCCUGACAUGAAGUUCGGCAAAGUGUGCGUCACCCCGCACUGGGUAAAGGACUCGGCGGCCCUGGGCUUCGCUCUGCCUGUGUCGCGGUACAAGGUCACCUCCACUACAACUUCGUCGCCGAAAUACAAAGCGGCCCUAGAGUUCGGCAAAGUGUGCGUCACCCCGCACUGGGUAAAGGACUCGGCGGCCCUGGGCUUCGCUCUGCCUGUGUCGCGGUACAAGGUCACCUCCACUACAACUUCGUCGCCGGUACGAGACCGAGCUGUGCCUGACAUGAGUUUAAAUCUUACAAGGAUAACUAAAGAAGGAAAACCUAGUAAUUUUGUGGAUGAAAGCAAAAUGGCGGAUUCUAUUAUGCUAUCAGGAACCACUAAGUUUCAAGAUUCCAAGAGAGAUUCAAAUGUGGACGAAAUUCAGAAAGCGUUCGAAGCUUUUGACGUCGCUGCCAUCAAAAAGGCUGGGCCCAUCUUUGACGGCUUUUGUAUCUGGGUGAGCGGUCUGGAUGGGAUGCCUCGCGAGCGCGCUUGGGCGUGCGUAUCUAAAGCUGGGGGCACGAGGUACGACGGACCAAACUCCAGAGUGACUCACGCGGUCUCGUGGGGUGCUGCGGCGGCGGCGGCGGCGGCGGCGGCGCUGCCCGCAGUGCCGGUUCUAUCCCCGCUGUGGCUCAUACGGAGCGUCGAGGCCGGGAGAGUAUUGGACGAGGCCGAGUUUCUCAUAAACACGGAGCCAGCCACGCCCCGGAAAGCGAGUCAACCGCCCAUAGCAGCCGCUUCCCCUAUGAGCAAACGAACAUUGCAACUAUUACUACCCCCACCAGAACCUAUAGUGGAAGAACAACCACAACGGGAUCAUAUAGUCGAUCAUUAUCUAAGCCAACACCUGUCACAGCAACAAGCGGCCGAAGCGAGCAAAUCACCGGAACCCGAAAAAAAGGAACCCUCUCGAAACGAUGACGACACGGCCGUCACCGUCUCAGAGUUCACACAGUAUGAAAACAUAUUCAAAGAUUUAAUAUUCGAAGUGCAAGGCCUAGAGGACGAGGCUAUAUGCGAGAUCGGCGCGGAAAUCCGAGCGGAGGGAGGGGUGCUAGCGGCGGCGGGGGCGGGCGGCACGCACGUACUUGUGCCGCUUGACUUUGACAGUAACCAGCUGGUUACUAAAGGCGCCGAAGCGGUUACUGUGUUCUGGGUGAAAGACUGCCUAUCCCGGCAAGAGGUGUGUCCCAUAGAAUACUACCACCGCCCCGUCCACCUCAAGUCUCCGGCCUCCAACCCGCUUCACGGAGUCGUGGCAAGCUUAAGUACCUACAGCGGCGUCGAACGGGCCUUUUUAGACGAAUUAGCAAAGCUGUGUGGUGCUGCCAUGCAGCAGCGUUUCUGCCGUCGCAGCAACAACAGCGCGCUGGCGUCGACGCACCUGGUGUGCCCAGAGCCUGGUGGAGCCAAGUACUGCGCCGCCAGGAAGUGGGGGGUGCCGGUAGUAAGGGCCAGCUGGCUGUUGGCGUGCGCGGAGGGGGGGGUUAGAGUGGACGAGGCGGGGCAUUCUGUGGACCAAGAGGCUGCAGCGCGCCCAGGCCGGCGCCCCCCUCGUCCGAGUACAGGGCGGUGCGCGCGGGGAUACGUGGGCGCGGCGGCGAUGGAGCCAGCUCAACAAGGCGUGGCGGCGAUGGAGCCAGCUCAACAAGGCGUGGUGGCGAUGGAGCCAGCGAUGGAGCCAGCUCAUCAGGGCGUGGCGGCGAUGGAGCCAGCGAUGGAGCCAGCUCAUCAGGGCGUGGCGGCGAUGGAGCCAGCUCAACAAGGCGCGGCGGCGAUGAAGCCAGCUCAACAAGGCUCUGCGGCGAUGGUGCUGGCGAGGGGAGGCGAGGCGGCGGUGGAGCAGGCUCGACCGAAGCCCGGCCACGAUGGAACCUGCUCGACUAGGCGCGGCGGUGAUGUUGGCAGCGGGGGCGCCGAAUCCACUCGGCUGGGGGCAGGCUCGGAGUCGCUGCGCAGCUCAGACACGAGGGAGGCGCGCGACGCAAACAGGGCGCGCAGCGCGGGCGAGCCCGGCGCGGCCAGGACGGCGCGCAGCGCGGGCGACUCCGGCGCGGCGGGGCGUGGCGGGGGCCGCGGCGACUCCAUGCGCAGAUGGAGGAUAUGUAGAAUAGUUUGGCUUGUGCCGAGAGCGGCGUUGGAAUGGACGAGGCGGAGCGUUCUGUUGAUGGUCGAAGCUGCAGAUACGUCUCACGUCCAGCAGAACACAGUAAACGCACCACCAAAGACACCUGAACCGAAAAAGAGUGUCCCCCAACCCGAAGAAAAGAUACCUGAACCGAAAACCAAUCCAGAACCGGAAAUAGCUGAACCGAAACCGAAAAGUCCAGAACCGGAAAAAAUAUCUGAACCGAAGAGUAAACCUCUAGAUUUGGACGCUAAUGUGGGACAUGAAAUGGAACAGAUGAUGGCUCCCGAAGUUGAUGAACAAUUUGAGGGAAUGUCCCCCGCGUCGCGUUUCAUCGCCAUGCGUCGAAUGGGUAUGUUCAGCGACCACGAAGACAGCUCGAAGGAAAACACACCGAAGAAACUUGGAAAUGAAACUGACACGUCGGUACAAGACCCCGGUCAGAACGUCCGGACUCCAUCCAUAGACGAGGUCCUGUCCAGCCCCAACCUACAAGGGUUCAGUCCAAACACGAGGAGGAAACUGCAGGCUAUCAGGAGAGGCGAGAUACCCGAUGAGCCUAUCAAGACCCCUAAUAACCCAUUCGACAAGAAGAUACCGACACCAGACAGCGAUUUCGGCGCAGCGCUCCGCCCCGGCCGCAAACGGAUGUCCGUCGACGCACGCAAGCUGCUAUGGGAGUUUGUCGAUGGUUUACCUACUCAUGAACCCCGCAGUGAUACGGAAACUCCGCCAUCUAAAAUGGCAAAAUUCACUGAAGAUCAGUGUGCCGGCGGAGCGAGAAUACCAGAGGUCCAGACCCCUCUAGCUCCCAAACCUGAAGACCCUCGGCCCGGCGUGGUUCCGUUAGAAGUGGACGAACAGCUACAACGGCUCAACGUGGUGCUCACGGGGAGGCGGACUCCUCGGCGCGCGAGUAGAGUGCAGCCGCUGCAAGGGAAGCCUGCAGAUAUGGAGUAUGAAUCCGGACCAGAGUCUCAACCCAACACCGUCGGAUGGGAUGACACCACGCCAUCACAAAAGGAAUCUUUUGAAUCCAGCAAGCCCCUUACCAACGUUACUUUAGACAACUCAGAUAAAACUAAAAAUAAUUUAGAACCAAAAGAAAAAGAUAGUAAAAGGAAUGUAGAAUCAAAAGAGAAUACGGCAAAUAUGUCAAAAGUGGAAUUAGAUGCCUCGAAUAGUGUUUUGAAAGUGGAUAAAGCAGUAGAAACGAAGAUAGUGGAAAAAAAAACGAUUAGGAGAUUUAUGCUGUCUUCGAAUGUUGACAAUCGGGAGGAAACAGUAGAAAUGAUCCUCCGGCUCGGCGGCCUCGUGACCGACCUGGACGACGAGGCCUCCGGCCCCGCCGGCCCCGCCGGGCCGCAGGCCUCGCACCUGCUGUGCUGCGCGCCGGCGCGCAGCCAGCGCGUGCUCAACUGCAUCGCGGGAGGCUGCUGGGUACUGCACCCCGCCUAUGUGGCCAGGAGCGCCGCACACGGCACGUUUCUACCGGAGGAAAACUUCGAAUGGGGCAACCCCGCCGCGACCUGCCUACCCCCAGUCACCGGCGGCGAACGCGUUCUGGCCCUCGCCGCCCAUCGCUGGCGAACUAGACGCGCCCGGGGACAACCUGGGCCUUUCGCUGGAGUCAUAGCACUGUUACACGCGCCUGAGCAGAGGAGGAAACUGCUGGCGAGAUUGGUGAAAGCCGGGGAAGGGAUUGUUGUGGAUGAGGAACCUCCAUACACCGACGAAACUAUCAACGUCUGCUUCGCCGACCCGAAGCGCUACCCGAUGAAAGAGCGAGACAGGGCAUGGCUCGUGUCUCGUCGCGUCCCUGUCUGCGCCUCCAUACUUCUUAGCGCGUUUCUGACGGAAGAGCAUCGUCCGGAUUUGAACCAGCACUGUUUACCUGAGUUUAGACAAUAGCCCCAGAUAAGCAUGCCGAAAGGAAAUGUAUCUUGUGCAUAAUUAUAAUACGCAGUUUAAGCUUGUAUUGUGU